CUUCGCGGCGACGCGCACGGAGAGGAAGUAGAAAGACGGAAGAAAAAGACGUUGAAUAAACUUGCCAACUUCUAGCUGAGUGUCUAGAAACACAGUUACAUGCUAUGUAACAGCAGAACUGGUUAUUUAUCUGGACACAGAUUUAGUUAGCUAACCAGACGCCCCGUCCACACUCAGUCACCGCCCUCUCAACUCGCCACACGACCUGCGGACUCCGGCAGUUUUCAAACAGCCGUUGCACUUGCUCAACCGACCCGAAGUCAGCCACCGUUACAAAGUCACUUUUAGCUGCUGUUAAAGUGCUGUGAUAUCCACUAAAUUGUAUUAACGUUACACACAACCAGCUCGCUGGCGCAGCGGAACCCGGGCUUUCCCCUCCGAGUGGGAAAAGUUGUCCGUGUUGGCGGUGAAGGAGCCAACGAGGCCUGCGGUUGAGGAGGCUGCAUGUGUGAGGACUGUCGCUGGCGAGGAGUGACUCACACUGCGUUAGCUAAACACUCGGCAACAUGUCGGCCCAGGCACAGAUGCGAGCGAUGCUGGACCAGCUGAUGGGCACGGGGAGAGACGGAGAUUCCAUGCGGCAGAGAAUCAAAUUCACAGAUGAGCGAGUUUGCAAAAGUCACCUCUUGGAUUCAUGUCCUCACGACAUUCUGUCUGGCACCAGAAUGGACCUGGGAGAGUGUAUGAAAGUCCAUGACUUGGCCCUCAGAGCAGACUACGAGAUUGCUUCCAAGGAGCAGGAGUACUUCUUCGAACUUGAUGCUGCUGAACACCUUCAGUCUUUUAUCGCUGACUGCGACCGCAGGACCGAGCUGGCCAAGAAGAGACUAGCAGAGACGCAGGAUGAGAUCAGCGCUGAAGUGGCUGCAAAGGCUGAACGUGUCCACGAGCUGAACGAAGAGAUCGGGAAGCUGCUGGCCAGGGCAGAGCAGCUCGGGGGCGAGGGGAAUGUAGACGAAGCCCAGCAAGUGCUGGAAAUGGUGGAGAAGACCCGGGCCUUGAAGAAAGAAGCAGAGGAUGUGUACAGAAACUCGAUGCCAGCCUCCAGCUUUCAGCAACAAAAACUACGUGUGUGCGAAGUGUGCUCUGCCUACUUGGGUCUUCACGACAACGAUCGUCGUCUGGCUGACCACUUUGGAGGCAAACUGCAUCUUGGCUUCAUUGAAAUCCGUGAGAAGCUUGAAAAGCUAAGGAAAGCAGUUAUAGAGAAACAAGAAAGAAUGCGAAUGAGGAGGCGAGAGGAACGUGAAAAAGAAGACGAAAGAGAGCGCCAAUGGGAGGUGGAGCGGGAACGAGAGCGGGAACGAGAGCGAGAAUGGGAGAGAGAACGAGAAAGGGAGAGGGAGCGUAGGAGGUCAAGAUCUAGAAGUGGAGACCGAUACAGGGAUGGAGGCAGUUCGUCCUCCCAUCAUUCAAGGCGCCACCGCUCUUCUCGAUCCCGAGAAGAAGGUGGAGAACGGGAUCGUGAGAGAGAGAGGAAGCAUCGACACAAGGACAGACAUCGCUCACGCUCCCACUCUCACAGGCGCAAAAGGAAGAGGUCCUCCAGAGACAGAACAUCUCACCCCCGUGAAAGAGAGAGCUCACUGCCCCAGGAGAAAUGUGGAGGAGAGGGCUUGCGCAACGACAGGGCGGAGUACAGAGACUGGGAGGACGGGGAGAAGUCCCCCUCCGUGGACACAGCCAGGGGCAGGGAACGAGAGAGAUCCCUGUCGUACGAGCGGGACCGGCGCUCCAGCUCUGAGGAGCGAGAGUCCGGGGAGAUAUGAACAGGAGGGGACGCCUCCGAAGUGUUUGAUUUGGAUAUAUUGUUUAGUAGAAGGAGCAUGGAGAGAUGAGGGUGUGUUGGUGCGAGUGUGUGUGUGUCAGCUUUGUAUAUUUGUUCAUGUUAAGAGCGGGAUGUGAAUAUUAGCAGGGGUGGACAUUGGAAACUUGACUUGGGGAUGAGGGAACAACUUCAGUGGUCGCAGUCAAGGAAACGUGCAAACCAACUUUUAUAAGACUUGUGAAUUGUGAGGCUAGUGUGACCUGGAAGCAGUAGAGUCAUUUUUUUAUGCCAUCUUGUCGAUCUUAUGUACAGUUAUUUUGACAGUGAAGGGGGAUAAGUGAGUGAAGAGACAGCAGCCUUACUUGGAGUCUGUUUUUUUUUGUUGUUGUUGUUAUUUUACUCACAUGAAGUGCUGUUAUUUUUUUAUCAUUAGUCAAAUCUUUAAUGUCAGUAGUUUUUCCUGUUCCAUUACAAAUCCAUCACUUUCAGUAGCUGUGGAUUCAUUUACACGGGUCAGACUCAUUAAUGUGGCAUAACUGUUGCAGUAAUGUUUAAAAUGAGCCUUGAAUGACUGAAGGCACUUCUGAUGUUUGUGUUUUAUUUGCUGCCUUCAAGCCAUAACAAGCUCAUUUGGAAAAUCUGAUCCCUGAGUCACGAUGCAGCGAUGAGCUUGUACUUUGAAAACAAACACACACUUGUCCUCCCGAAAGAAGUCAUCCAAAUAUUUCCACUCAGUUCCUGACAUGCCAGUGCAUAUGGUUGAUGUGCAUAAUUACAUAGUGACAUUGAAAGGCCCAGGGACUUGUGUCCUGUUUGCUGUGAUACAACCUGGAUGUUCGGGGGGAAGGGGGGGGUCUACUUUGCUGUGCCACCAUUAAGUGAAUAAAAUGUUCUGCUUCCAUUCAAAUACAA